UCCAUCUGUUCCUAUAUAAUUAACCGACCGGGUCGAAUUCGAAUCAUCUGGUGGAUGAUGUCGUCGCUGUCGCUCGCCUGCCCCAAAUCGUUCCUCCGGAGCCCCUCCCUCCCUCGCCGCCGGCCCCCGAGCUGCUCCGUCGCCGUCGGCUCCUCGUCCGCGACGCUCUACGAUGUGCUCGGCGUCGCGGCCGACGCUACGGGCGUUGAGAUCAAGGUGGCGUACCGGAGGCUCGCCCGGUCGUGCCACCCGGACGUGGUGGCGGCCCAGGGGAAGGGCGCGUCGGCAGCGGACGAGUUCAUGCGCGUCCGCGCGGCCUACGAGAUCCUCUCAGACCCAGAGAAGCGCGUCGACUACGACCGAAGGGUUAAGGCGGUGGUGUUCUCUGCGCUGAGGACGUCUUGGUGCUCCUCCCAGGACCGCCGCCCACGGACAUGGGAGACGGACCAGUGCUGGUAGCAGAAGAAGAGCUGGAUCUCAAACCAUUGAGCCCCUUAUUCUUCCUUGUUAUGUACAUAUCUUCAAGGGUGUUGACAGGUACUGAAAAUUUGUGAUGCCUUGUAUAUGCUUGAUGAGAAGCCUGUGAAAGAUCGUUUCAUCACAUUUGUUUCUCUUUGUAGCACAGCCUUCUCUCAUCACGCAACAUAGUAAGGAGGCAUCGUUUAACUGUAAAUUCUGACUCAAUAGAUAGAAAAGAAAGAGAUAAAACUCUGAAAGAAAGGAAUAAUAGAAGGGGCAAAUUCUGAAACCUGGGGGCGGUCACUCUCAUCGUCCCUUGGCCACUGGGGACAUGCAAAAGACAGCGUGAUCAAGUCGUUGAUCGGCCGUCCCCUUCCAAUUGGCUGUGACUCUUCUUACUGGAUUUUUUUAAUGAUUAUAAUAUGUUAUGCAAGUAGCAAUUAAACA